AUGUCGCUGCAGGACUAUUUGGCUAAAAACUACGGCUCCUUCGACGACGCAGAGUCUGAAAUCCCAGCCCCGCCGCCCGAGCUCACACCAGCAUCGCCCAAGAAGCCGCGCUUCAGGCCCAGCUCCUGGCGCAACAUCUCCGCACCAGCAGACUUCUCCGACCCGGUUCUUCAGCCCAAUGACGACGAUCAGCCAACCAUCGCCUCAGGCGCCGAGCUACUCGCCAAACCCCCCACACCCAAGCCAACCGCCGACAAACCCCCAGCCGUUUCCGACACGGUGUACCGCGACAAGUACGGCAAGAGAAUCGACAUUGAGCAGGCGCGCCAUGAAGAGACCCAAAGGCGCCAGCGCCAAAAGGACCGCGAGGCAUUGCAGCGCGAAUUCAAUAAGGGCCUGGUGCAGCGCCGCCGCCGCCAUGCGCGCACCUUCAUCAAGCAGAAGGCUAAGAAACAGGAGUAUCCAGAGUACAGGGGCGCUGCGCCGCCUAAUCGCUUCGGUAUCCGGCCUGGGUACCGCUGGGACGGCGUCGACAGAUCGAAUGGCUUUGAGAAGUCCAUGUUUGCGCCAAAUAUAAUGGAGGCUAUCGAGUACCAGGCAAAGUUCGACUACGACCGCAAGCGCCAGGAAAACCGCGCAGCCCUGCACCAGCUGCGCCAGCAGGCGAAAACCGAAAACCCGCACAGCAUCCACUCGCGCGCCACCCUCAACAUGGGCGACUUUUUCAUCGACUGUGCCCACCACCAAGGCAUUAACCAUGCAAAAAACCGCUAG